GUUUCUCCACCCCACCGCGGUUAAUUGAAUCGCGAUUCAACUAAUUCAGUUACCCUUGAAAUAUUCACCUCGUAAUUCAAUCCCGGUCCUAAUUCGGGCCAGAAUAUACUCCGCGCUUAGUGCUUGAUUAUAACCAGAGGACUUAAUUCACACCAAUUUACCUCCUAGUUUUCGAUCCGGUAUCAGAAAUAAGAGACGAAACCGGCCCGCGAUAUUUUUCUAAUGGCCUAACAAGUGUGACGGCUCAUCAAAUAUGCACCGGCAGUCGUGGCACGCGUGCUGCGAUUAUUAAAAUUCCGGAUAGCGAGCUCAAUCAGACUCUUAACGAAUAAAGCGGUUUAAAACUUCAAAACUGAUUUAUACACCUACAAGAUCGGUUUUAUAUCAAGCAAAAAGUGUGUGCGACCAAAUUUUACUGAAUUUGUCUCUGAGGAUUUAUAUUGCAGAGUGGUUUAAACUCCAAUGUUUAUUCUUAUUGAAAAUUUAUGGUUUACUGCACUAAGAGAAAUGUAUGAGGUUUGACGAAGUGGAUCAAAAAGUGAAUUUAUUUUGUUAUUUUUUGUGAAUAGGAGAAAGAUAAGAGAAAAGAGCGCAAAAUGUUGGACGUAGACUCGAAUCAAGAUACAAAUAAUUCUGUGAUUGUGCCCCAGGUCCAGAAUUCACAUGCUCCACAAGACUUUACUGUGUCACGUUUAUUGUCAACACCAAAUCAUACGUUAGAUUGUGGCGACAGUCCAUCUGCACCCGGGAGUAGAAGGCCUAGAAGAAGUAGAACAACAUUUUCUGCACAACAAUUGGCUGCUUUAGAAAGAGUUUUUGAAAGAACCCACUAUCCAGAUGCCUUCGUUCGAGAAGAAUUAGCGACAAGGGUUUCACUUUCAGAAGCUAGAGUUCAGGUAUGGUUCCAAAAUAGAAGAGCGAAAUUCCGCAGAAAUGAAAGAAGUUCAGCAAUGAAUAGAGGAGUAUCAACAAGCAGAGAAAUGGAAGCAACUUUGCCUUUGAGGCCUAUCAGGAUAAAUCACAGCCAUGAGAACAAUGCGGAGCAUCUUCAGUCGCCACAAAUUACCCAAUAUCCCUACAGUGAUUACUGGAGAUCUUCACAACACUAUGCCACAGUUCAAUCGACAACUAGCUGUCAUGGAUUUGUCAACGGAAAUCUGGGAAAUUUAGGUCUCACCACAUAUCACCAACCCGAAGUUCAUGCUGCUCUGGACACCCCUUCGAUGAACAGCAUAAGUGCACUUAGACUGCGAAAUCAUCCUUAUGGUGCCACUUAUUCUGCAAUGCAUGCCAGUAUGUGACAUCCCUUAACCACCUAACGUAUGAAGCCUUUUUGUCCCAGGAAACUUUAUCUAUUACCCAAAUAUCUUUGCUUUCUUCAAUUUCGAUGAUCGCAAAUCUAUUGAAACCAAAGAACUCGGCUGUAAACAUGUAUGGCGAAAGCCCUUAUAAAUAUCUAGUGCCUCUAAAAAAAUUUCCAAAUAUUUAGCAGCGAAAUGUGAGUAGUAAUUAUUAUUAAUCAUUUCAGAUUUAAAGAUGUAGCAAAUUUCGUCAAUUCGAAGUCACCAAAAUUUAAGAUUAACCCGAAUAAAAAUGCUUCGACUUGAGUUCGACUUGAAUUGCCCCCAAUCAAGAUAUGCUGAAGUCGAAAAGUUCGACUUGAGCAUGUCUCAGUUUUUAGACGGAGUCAGGCUUCAAUUUAUAUCUUGGAGACAAGUUUUUAGGUCUUAAAGACAUAAAUUUAUCUCUUGAGUCGUAUUUUUAUGACUCCAACAC